AUGGGAGGGCGGUGGUGUGAUGGUCCCGAUCUUCAGGACGUGUCCAUGAAAAUCCAUCGAGUGUACGACACGUUAGGCAAAUCGGUCAUGGCAACAAUCACAAAAGUACAUGCAAGUAAUUUGCUGGCCAUUGUACUACAACGAGAAAACUAA